UCUUUCAAUCUUGUUUUGUUGUGAGGUGCUGAGCUUUGUCUGUUUCUUAACCUCGAUAUCAAUUAUGUCUGGUCGUGGCAAACAGGGAGGCAAAGCCCGCGCUAAGGCCAAGUCGCGCUCGUCCCGCGCUGGCCUUCAGUUCCCGGUGGGGCGAGUGCACCGCUUGCUGCGCAAGGGCAACUACGCCGAGCGGGUGGGGGCCGGCGCGCCCGUCUACAUGGCGGCGGUCCUCGAGUACUUGACCGCGGAAAUCCUGGAGCUGGCGGGCAACGCGGCCCGAGACAACAAGAAGACGCGCAUCAUCCCCCGUCACCUCCAGCUGGCCAUCCGCAACGACGAGGAGCUGAAUAAGCUGCUGGGCAAGGUCACCAUCGCCCAGGGCGGCGUCUUGCCUAACAUCCAGGCCGUUCUGUUACCAAAGAAAACUGAAAGCCACAAAGCCAAAAGCAAAUAAACCCAGA